GUAAAUGUCAUAUGUUGAUGUCAGAUGUGUGCUGUUCGGGUCCGAGGGGCGGAGACUCGCCACAGAGCCGCAGAUCUCCGGAGAUCUCGUGAGGACUGAACGCGCUCGGAACGACAGAUGCUCUCUAGCGCCUCCUUCAGAUCAUCAUGAGUCCAAACGCCUCGGCCCUGCUGCUGGUCACAGCCCUGCUGCACACACACCUGUGUCGAGCUGAAGACGCGCUCGUGGCGGCCAUGAUGAUGUCAGCGGAGCAGGUGAGCGAUAUCCCAGAAUCCUCUGCGGACCUGAGCGUGACGCGCAAGCAGAUCCUUUCGGCUCAGUUCGAGUGUUACCUGAAGAUCAUAUACGACCCGCCGCGCGCAGACCCGGGCCCUUACUGUAACCGGACCUGGGAUGGUUGGCUAUGUUGGGAAGACUCCGCCCCCGGCACGGCUGUCCAGCUAUGCCCCUCCUACUUUCAGGACUUUGAUCCAGCCGAGAAAGUGACCAAAGUGUGUGACUCGGACGGCCAGUGGUUUCAUCAUCCGGAGAGCAACCGUCUGUGGACUAACUACACUCAGUGUCUGGAGUACACCAAACAGAAGCUCGAGCUCAUGUCGGUGAGCUACUAUCUGGUGAUAGUGGGACACGUUCUGUCCAUCGUAUCUCUGCUCGUCUCCAUCUGCAUCUUCUCAUACUUCAAGUGUUUGAGCUGCCAGAGAAUCACUCUUCAUAAAAACAUGUUCACCUCCUUCAUCCUGAACUCGUUCGCCACCAUCGCCUGGUUCUACUUCAUCGGGGAUGACCGGACCAAAACCGUCUCGUCUCAGGUCGGCUGUAAGCUGCUGGUCAGCAUCAUGCACUACACGUCCUGCUCCAACUACUUCUGGAUGCUGUGUGAAGGCAUCUAUCUGCACACACUCAUCAUCGUGGCUGUGUUUGUGGGAGAGCAGCAGCUCGGCUGGUAUUACCUCCUCGGCUGGGGUUUUCCGGUGAUCCCUGCUGUCCUUCACGCUGUGGCUCGUCUGCUGUUCCACGACGACAGGUGUUGGAUCAUGAACACAAACCUGCUCUACAUCGUGCACAGCCCCAUACAAGUCGCUCUGCUGGUGAACCUGUUCUUUCUGCUGAACAUCGUGCGGGUGUUGAUCACCAAACUGCGGGUCACUCACUGCAUCGAGAGUAAUGUCUACAUGAAGGCGGUCCGGGCCACCAUCAUCCUGGUUCCUCUGCUGGGCGCUCAUUUCAUCCUGGUGCCUCUGGUUCCCAGCGGACGCGUCUCCAUCGCCGUCUACGAGUUCUUCAUGAACGUCUUCGCGCACUUCCAGGGUUUCCUGGUGGCGGUCAUUUUCUGCUUCUGCAAUGGAGAGGUUCAGGCUGCGCUGCGGCUCAAGUUUGCUCAAUGCCGUGGUCAGUGGAAGCGCCAGCAUCUGGUGACCAAUGACUCUCACUGUAACUACCACACCAACUCGUCCAUCACCGAGACCAGCCGUGUCACCAUCGGCCUCGAGCAUGCUCCAAACGGCCAGAGCAAUGGCAGCGUCCACUACAGCCACGGGUCCAAGAGCUGCGACGCCCUCGAGUCCACCGAAAUAUGACCGUCCGUCUCAGCAUACGCUAUAACAUCACUUGCACGCAGCUCCUAACGUUCAUAUUAAAGGGGUACUCCACCCCAAUAUAAACAGUUUGGUCAUCAGUCGCCUGCCUCCAUGUCGUUCCAAACCCAUAAAAGCUUCGUUCGUCUUCAGAACGCAAUUUAGGAUCGUUUUGAUGAACGCCGGGAGGCUUUAACUACAAUUACUGCUGUCAUGGUCCAGAAAAGUAUGAAAGACUGCCAUCAGUGGUUCAAGCUGAAUGUUGCGAA